AGCAGUCUGGCAGCCAGCUGAUCACUGCUCUGGCAUUCAGAGUCGAAGCGGAGGAUGGAGAGAGAGAGAGGCUGAGGGAGAAGAGGCAACUGAUGCUACAGUAAUCUGUGAUCUAACAGAGAGUAAGAAACCAACAGCGUCAUCUCAGCUCUGUCAGCCUCUUGUCACGGUUUGUUCCGGGAUCAACAAUGCAGAAGAGCAGUCUGGGAAACGAAAGCAAAAGGAGGAAGUGAAGAGAGAAACAAGAGAUGCCAAAAAAUCAACAUCCUUUCAAAAAGAGAGAGAGAGAACACACGGAUCAGCUCCAAGACAGAGAGUGAGAGAGAGAGAGAGAGAGAGAGAGAGAGAGAGAGAGAGAGAGAGAGAGAGAGAGAGAGAGAGAGAGAGAGAGAGAGAGAGAGAGAGAGAGAGAUAGAAGUAAACAGACUCUGUGGUGAGUCACUCCUCCUCUCUUCUACUCUCCUCUGGUGUGUUGUUGCUUAUGCACAGAGGAGCAGCAGAACUACGGGAGGAGUUCAAUCUAGAGCCAGAGGAGGAGAACCAGACUGUGUGGGAGUAACAGAACCGAGAGUGGAACUGUAGAACCUGUAAGGGACCAGACCAUUACAACCAGGAGUAUCAUCAGACCCAGUGGGGUGCAACCAGACCCAGAGGGUUGUAUACUGUAUAGAGGAGCUGGUGUGUCUCUGUAGAGAUGUCCUGGGGGUCUUUGCUGUCUCCGGUCCAGUGGGCCAAAGGGACUUGGUCAGCUGUACGGGGGGGAGGGGAGGAUGAGGGGGAGGAGGGAGCGCCCGGAACCAAUGAUGGAGAAAAUUCGGACUCAGAAGGGAACUUUGAGACCCCAGAGGCGGAGUCUCCUGGUCUGCUGAAUGACCUGACCCAGCUGGAUAACUCUGCCCACACUGUCCUCACCAGAGAUGUCGGACAGCUGACGCCCCGCCUCGUCCUGGACAGAAACUCCGAUCAGGAUGUUUAUCCCGCGUCCCUACAGGAAGUCCAAGAUGCCCUAAACAACCUCAAUAGCUCCUCCCCUUCUCUGAGUGGAGCAGGUUUAGACCAGAACCUGAACCUGAGGUUGAUCUCAAGACCUGGAGAAGGUCUCUCCCCGUCCCCUCUGCCCCAGCCCCGCGCCCUACGCCCUGCCUCGCUCCCUGUCCACAACUUCCCUGACCCCGCCGAGGUUGAUGACCUUUCUCCUAUCACCUAUGACCCCAACGGCAACAUGAACUCUGACCCCAACAGCCUGACCCCUGAACUGGACAGACCGGACUCAGACAGACAGUCACCUAGGAUGAGCACGGACAUCAUGAAGUCCUGUAAAGUGAAGAAGCUGGACAACCAGACUCCGUUACAGAACACCAGCGGAGAGGACAACGACCAUCGCAAAGGUCAUGCUACAGACGAGGAGAAACUAGCCAGCACGACAGGACUCAGAGCAGAUAGAGACCACAACGAGCUGAAUGUGUCAGCCAGACCAGAGUCAGACUGCUGUUCUAUGUAUGAGGACCCCUGCCAGCUGAAGAACGCCAAGCUGGGAGGAAGUAACACGCAGAAGAAGACAGGAAGUGAGGUUCUAGACUCCAUUUGCAUCAGCGAGGAGGAGAAAAUGGCUGUUCUCACCCUUAUCAGAGAGGAGAUCAUCACUAAGGAGACGGAGGCCAGUGACUGGAGGAGAAAGUACGAGGACAGCAGACAGGAAGUCAUGGAGAUGAGGAAGAUUGUGGCAGAGUAUGAGAAGACCAUCGCCCAGAUGAUUGAGGAUGAACAGCGCAACACCAUGAGCGCCCAGAAGUCUUUGCAGGCUGUAACCAUGGAGAAGGAGUUGGCGCUAGCCGACCUGAACUCGGUAGAGCGCUCGCUGUCCGACAUGUUCCGCCGCUACGAGAACAUGAAGAGCACCCUGGACGGCUUCAAGAAGAAUGAGGAGGUGUUGAAGAAGUGUGCUCAGGAGUAUCUGGCCAGAGUCAAGCAGGAGGAGCAGAGAUACCAGACGCUCAAACUCCACGCUGAGGAAAAACUAGACAAGGCUAAUCAGGACAUAGCCCAGGUACGCAGCAAGGCCAGCUCUGAGAGUGUUGCUCUGACCGCCAGCCUGAGGAAGGAGCAGAUGAGGGUGGACUCUCUGGAGAGAGCCCUGCAGCAGAAGGCCGAGGAAAUCGAGGAGCUCACCAAGAUCUGUGACGAGCUCAUCGCCAAGAUGGGUAGAACAGACUGAGACAGAUUCCAUACGUCCAAAUCAUUCAAUCUUGAUCCGCCGAGAAAUCCCUGCCUACAACCUAUGGCAUACUCUGGCCUGUGCAUGCGUCCAGCCAAUGAGCAGUUCUGUUUUCCCUUGGGGCGCCUGCCCCUAAUGCUGCUGUACAGGUCCGAUGUCAUAUGAUAACCCAUUUUCUCUUGAGUAGUGCACCCUAUGGAGAAUAGGGUGUCAUUUGAGCCAGAGAUUGUUACAUGUGGAAUGUUUUUGUUUUGGUCAUUUUCGCCAUGCAAGACCAAAUCCCUUACUCCCUCCAUCUGUCUGUCCUGUAACACAAAUAUAAUGUGCUGUCUAGGCAGUGCAUAGAUUUGGGCUUAUUUACCUGACGAUACCAUUUUGUAGAGCGUUUAUUAAUAGAUUGUGUAUAUAAACACCCUGGCUGAGAUGUACUGUACAUAUUUAUUCUGAACACUAGGAGACUAGGGUGGGACCAGGUAGACACUAUCUAGGCUCUAGGACAGUUAGAGGUCAGGGGUGAGCUGUGUUUGACCCUUCUGUAUGACUGCACUAUUACAGGGAGGGGGGAUAUGGACAUAGGGUUAGGAUGCACUGCUAUUGAUAGGGGUCGUGUGGGGGGUUGUCCUGGAAAGUAUAUAAAGCUUUUCUCCUGUCCCUAAUAUGAGGCCUUGUGUUGGCAGUGGAAGAGGAGCUGUAGGUCUACUGUAUAGUCUGCUCUGUGUGGUCUUGGACAGGUUUAGAUAACCUCCAGCAUAACUGCACAGGGGAGGAUUUCUCACGGUCCUAAACUCCACCUGGUUAGUGUUUGUCUCAGGCCAGCAUGUUGGAGCAGAGGUAGAAUACUCAAUCUGGAAAUGGUUAAUUUAAUACCAAGACUAUAUAUUUUGUUUAUGUACAAACAUACUGUAAACUGGAAGAGUGUUUUAAUGACUGUGGCUGUUAUCUUUGGUUCAGAAUAAAAAAUGCUCAGAA